AUGGGUCACGUCGCACUCACACCCCGGGAACAUCUGGAGCUGUUGCGGAGCUCUGCUUUCGAAUCCGAGCAUGCCUGGCUCUACGAUACUUCAUGGCUGCAGCACGAGGCUGCAGCGAAGGCGCUGGAGCGAGAGAUUGAGUACAUGCACACCAGCAUAUCGCCAGACGACAACACAGAUGAGCAGAUACGCAUUAUCAAAACACAGAUUACCAUUCACAGAGAGAGGCAGAGGGCACUACGGCCGCAUCUUGAGAGUGGAAGCGACCAGAUCGACGAAGAAGGCAAUGAGUGUGUGUUUGUACCAGCACCAAACCAAUGGGGGGCCAAUGGAGACUUGGACGAGGAGAGCGAGAGCCUGUCGGCUAUCCAAAACCUCCUGACAUGGCAAACCUCUUACUCGCCCGUUUCGCACGCCCCAUACGACGAACUGCCCUCGACUAGCAUCCCCUAUCAUUCACUACUCGACCCCUCCCAGCCCACAACGACUUUCAACCUCCAUCGUACACGAGAAUGGACUGGCUCAUCAGGCUUCAGAAAGUACAUUUACAGUGCGCGUGACUACUCGGACAAGUACGCCUUGUACAUGUUGGAGGCCACACACCGCGACGACUGCCAGGUCAAUGCCGCAGAGUUCUACCGUGUUGCCGAGUUCCCACAACCAUGCAUAUCCAUCCUCCUCUCAGGCAUCGACAAGAAGCGCAUCUCAUCCGACUCCUCCAAAGACGCAGCCUACAAAUCGCGGUGCAUCCACUUGCGAGGACCAUUCUCGCAACCCAUCAAGGAAUACCCAGAUAGACAGCAGAAGAUUCCGUGGUCACCCCGACGCUUCACAUACGGCGGACGUCGCUUUGUGUGGAAACAGGGCGACCCAAAUGACGACGCUAUGCCCGAGACACUCUACGAAUACCAGAAAGACUGGGCGAAACCCGGGAGCAGGACAGGCAAGCGAUGCGACGACGCGCAACCAAUCAAGCUAGUAUGGGGCGAAAAGAGGAGGAAGGGAAAAGUCGACAGCUACACCAUCCACUUCCGAGGCGGCAUGGAUCAAGUCUUCCGAGAGAUACUGCUUGCGAGCCAGAUGGCACGGCAGGUGUGUCUCUUCACAGCCAUGGACUGAACGCUACGCCUAAAAUGUGUGUAACGGGGAAUUUGUAAUUCUAGGAAGAUUCAUUAUGCAAGCGAUAGGGGGCCUGGCUGGGACUGUCGGAUACGGUCUGGUAUCACGACGCGGCGUUUUACCAUCUAGCUCCAACACGAGCGUUUGAUUGUCCUUUUUUACGAUAUUUGGAAAACGUGGUAGUGCAGCAGGUAUCUCUACUAUUCCACCCAGAGUCAACAACGUAACGUCGAUAGCGUUUCGGUAUGAAAUAAUACAUGUUAUAUUAUUA